ACGUCUAGUGUAUAUAAGAGGCAGAUUACUGUGUUAAGUUACAUCAGAACAAAAAGAGCACGGGCUAUCAUCUCUUCAUUAUCACCAGGUCUCAGUUUCUUAUAUUCACUGGGCCAAUAUGAGAGACACAAGUGAAAUGCCGAAGAAAGACAAACACAUCGUUGAUGGCUUUCCCGAUCAUGUUUAUGACAACCCUACCUUUCAACAAGAUGAAAAGGCAGCAAGUAAUGGGAUAAUAAAGCAGGAGACGGACAAUUUUAUGUUUGUCAACAGUGGGAAGAAAGGAAAGAAACAUGGUCCAGUUCAAAAAAGGAUGGUGGGCUCUUUAGAGCUGCUUGUCUAUGCUGAUAAAUGGGAUAUACUGCUGAUGAUCCUUGGAUUAGCGAGUGCACUUGGCGCAGGCACUGGACUUCCCAUCAUGAUCAUAGUCUUUGGGGAUAUGACAGAUUCUUUUGUUCAGAGCGGUAUUAGCCAGAACCUUACAGCGUUGAACAUCACCCCCCCUCCACCUGGAGUAUGCAAUCAGAAGAUCGUAGGCGGUGUUGAUAUAGAAGCAAAAAUGACAACAUAUGCAUAUUAUUAUGUUGCCAUUGGCUGUGGUAUGUUCGUACUUACCUUUUUUGAAAUUUGGGCAUUUGUAAUAUCAGCCGCAAGACAGUCUCAUAGGAUACGACAAAAGUUCUUCAAAGCUGUGCUUCAUCAAGAAAUGUCUUGGUUUGACACAACCCAGAUUGGGACACUCAACACCAGAUUGACUGACGAUAUUAACACUAUACACGAUGGACUCGGAGACAAAAUUUCUAUAUUUAUCCAAUUCUUUUCAACUUUUCUAACUGGAAUAAUCAUUGGAUUUAUAUAUGGCUGGAAACUGACACUGGUAAUCAUGUCAGUGAGCCCUCUGCUCGGUGUAUCUGCAGCACUGUGGUCCAAAUUACUUGCUACCUUCACAAUAAAAGAACUGGCAUCUUAUUCUCAAGCUGGAGCAGUAGCAGAGGAGGUCCUUACUGCAAUCCGGACAGUUGUGGCUUUUAAUGGGCAAGAAAAGGCUUUGACUAAGUAUGAUGCCAACUUGCAAGAGGCAAAAAGAAUUGGCAUUAAAAAGUCUGUUACAACAAAUGUAUCCAUGGGGCUUACUCAGUUUCUAAUUUUCGGAGCUUACGCCCUAGCUUUCUGGUAUGGAACCAAAUUAACAGUAGAUGAACCUGAAAACUACACCAUUGGAACAGUGUUAAUUGUGUUUUUCUCUGUGCUCAUUGGGACUUUUUCCCUUGGUCAAGCCGCACCAAAUCUAGAGAGCAUAUCUAAUGCACGUGGGGCUGCCUAUGAAGUGUACAGCAUCAUUGAUAAGCACAGGCCAAUAGACAGCAGUUCAAAUGAAGGCCACAAGCCAGAAAAGCUGACAGGAAAUAUUGAAUUUAAGAACAUCCAUUUUUCCUACCCAACCAGACCAGAUACACAAAUUUUAAAGAGCUUGAACCUUAAAGUAAAAGCUGGACAGACUGUUGCCCUAGUUGGGGCCAGCGGCUGUGGAAAAAGCACCACGAUUCAGCUUCUUCAAAGAUUCUAUGACCCUCUUAUAGGGGAGGUGACUGUGGAUGGACAUGACAUACGCACCCUCAAUGUGAAGUGGCUACGUGAAAACAUUGGAGUUGUUAGCCAAGAGCCUGUUUUGUUUGGUACGACAAUCAAAGAAAAUAUCCGCUAUGGAAGAGAAGAUGUCACUGAUGCUGAGAUCAUACAAGCUACUAAAGAAGCCAAUGCCUAUGAUUUUAUAUCUAAACUCCCAGAUGGUUUGGACACCAUGGUGGGUGAGAGGGGAGCUCAGCUGAGUGGAGGACAGAAGCAGAGAAUAGCUAUUGCCCGAGCUCUUGCACGUAACCCCAGAAUUCUGCUGCUUGAUGAAGCCACGUCGGCUCUGGACACACAAAGUGAAAGAAUUGUACAGAACGCUCUAGACAAGGCUAGAGCAGGCCGUACCACAAUUGUGAUAGCACACCGCCUGUCUACGAUCCGUACAGCUGAUGUCAUUGCUGGCUUUCACAAUGGUGUUGUAGUGGAACAAGGAUCACAUGAGGAUCUCAUGAAUAAGCAAGGAGUCUACUAUUCUCUUGUAAUGUUGCAGAGUUAUGACAAAAUAAAAGAAGAUGAGGUUAAUAGUGAAACAGAGGAAGAAGAUGAGGAAGAUGAAGGGCAAAUUUUUGAAUAUGAGGAUAUCAAUGAGGACGACGCCGAUGUUGCUCCCGAUUCUCCAAACCAUGGCAACCUGGAGAUCAUGAACAGCGAUAACUUACAUAGACAUUCCAGCAGGAGAAAAAGUAGAAGGUCUACAAAAAGGAAAUCCAAGUCCAAAAAAAAUGCACCCAAACAAGAAGAGGUUGUUGAGGAUCUUCCCGAUUUCUCUCUAGGCAAAAUGCUUGCACUAAACAAACCGGAAUAUUGUUAUAUUGCCAUGGGAGUUAUCGCAGCAGCUAUUUCUGGUGGUAUAUAUCCAACCUUUGCUAUCAUUUUUGGUAAAGUUAUUGGGUCAUUCAGUAUUACUGAUCCGGAUGAAAGAAGUCAAAGAACAAUUUUACUGUCUCUAAUGUUCCUUGUGCUGGGGGUGAUCAGUCUAAUUGUUUAUGUCAUCAUGGGUUUCUCUUUUGGAAUAUCUGGAGAAAAUUUGACCCUAAGAUUAAGGUCAUUAUCUUUUAAGGCACUACUCCGACAGGAAAUCGGGUACUUUGAUGAUCAUGCUAAUGCAGUUGGAGUUUUGCUAACCAGACUUGCAACAGAUGCUUCUCAAGUGAAAGGGAUGACGGGCGGUCGGUUGGGUUUGCUUACCAUUUCGGUUUGCACUCUUCUUACGGCAAUCAUAAUUGCAUUUGUUUAUGGCUGGCAGCUGACAUUGCUUAUUUUGGCCUGUAUACCAUUCUUGAUUGGUUCAAAUUUUAUUAGGAUGAAGGCAAUGACUGGCCAUGCAACAAAGGAUCAAAAAGCUUUAGAGGAUGCUGGAAGAAUCUCAACAGAAUGUGUUGAAAAUAUAAGAACUGUGGUAUCUUUGACAAGAGAAGAAGCAUUUUUCAAUCUAUACAAUUUAAGCUUAACUGGUCCCUACAAGGAUUCUAUAAAAAAAGCUCACAUUCAUGGCUUAACCUAUGCACUUUCCCAGUCCAUAAACUUCUUUGUCAAUGCAGCUGUAUUCCGAUUUGGAGCUUGGCUGAUCGCAAACUGCCACACACAAUUUGAGAAUGUCUUCAUAGUAUUCUCCACAAUUAUUUUUGCUGCCAUGAAUGUUGGACAGACGUCAUCGCUAGCACCUGACAUGGGAAAAGCCAAAGUAUCAUCCCAGAGAAUCAUGAAGCUUCUGGACAGACAACCUGCAAUUGACAGUUACAGUGAAGAUGGUGAAAAACUGAGUGCAUAUGAAGGAAACCUUGAAUUCAAAGAUAUCAAGUUUGUGUACCCAACAAGACCAAAAGUCCAGGUUCUUCAGGGAUUGAAUGUUAAAGUUACCAAAGGACAAACCCUAGCUCUGGUGGGCAGCAGUGGGUGUGGAAAGAGUACAUCUGUUCAGCUACUGGAGAGGUUCUAUGAUCCUGUUGAUGGAAAAGUGCUUGCGGAUGGAAUAGACACAAAAACUUUGAAUCUAAAGUGGCUGAGAUCCCAAAUGGGAAUUGUGUCUCAGGAGCCAAUGCUGUUUGACUGCAGCAUCGCUGAAAAUAUUCAGUAUGGUGCUCUGGACAGAGAAGUGACGCAAGAAGAAAUUGUAGAAGCUGCAAAGGCUGCAAAUAUUCAUACUUUCAUUGAAAAUCUUCCAGAUAAAUACAACACACGUGUGGGUGAUAAAGGUGCUCAACUCUCAGGAGGACAGAAGCAGAGAAUUGCCAUUGCCCGAGCCUUAAUACGAAAACCCAAAGUUCUGCUGCUGGAUGAGGCAACGUCCGCUCUUGACACAGAAAGUGAAAAGGUUGUGCAGAAGGCUCUGGAUGAUGCCAGACAAGGCAGGACAUGUGUGGUGAUUGCACAUCGACUCACGACAGUACAGAACGCUGACAUCAUUGCAGUCAUUCAGAACGGGAGAGUCAUUGAGCAAGGGACGCACCCCCAGCUGCUGGCUAGACAAGGAGCAUAUUAUGCUCUUGUAAAUUCCCAAGUAACUAACUGAUAAAAAGAUGGAUGUUUUCAUGGCUAAAUUUAUACUUGCUAGUAAACUAUGCACUGAAAUGAAGUCUCACAGCAAGAGGCCACAAACUGUCUAUAAACUGUGAAAAAACAGAGCAUAAAUCUUGCUGGUAAAGAGACCUGGCAGGCCCCCCAGCUGUGAGUAGUAUGGGUAACUGCAUUGGUUUAAUACCUAAAAUGGUUCCGGUCUAGGGACUGUGAUUCAAAGUGCACUUUGUAAUGAAGAAAACUGAUAGAUGUAUGUAUUAGCACAACCAUCCAAAUAUAUCAGUCACCUCUAAUAUCUCUAUCAUACUUUUCUAACACACCUUUUUCUUACCUGGAAAUACAUGUAUAAGACAGUAGAUUUCUGCCAGAUUGUUGUUUUUAUUAUAACUCUGUAACCAUGCUGUUAUUAUACGUCUUCUAUAUAGCCAACAGGCACUUCUAGGCCUAUUUAAUAAUCAAAAAUGUCUACGAACAGACCAGCCUUCAUGUUCACUGUGGCUACUGUAAUGUUGAACUCUAGGCAGAUAUAGCAGUUAAGCCAGUGGAUCGUUAGAUAUACAUCAAACAUCAGAAAAUGUAUUUUACAUAAAAUUUGCAUUAAUUCCCAAA